AUGACAGCGCUUAGCAAAUACAGUGUAAAGAAGAAAAGUGAUCGCAUCGACGAACUCCUCCGGGAUAGCAGGCAAGGGUUACAAUAUUCGAACGAAUUGCUUGAGAAGUGGCGACUGAGAAGAGUGAAAACUGAAUAUUCUUACUUAGACGAAGAGCCGCAGCCAAUCCCGCCAUUGAAACUGGAGGUUCCAAUACUGCACAUGGCUAUUAUUGAUACCAGAGGUACCCACAGAAGUCAGCCAGAAAGGGGAGACGCGGGUGAUUCAGUCAACAUUAUUGAUUCAACUCUACUAUCGGUGACAUCGUUUUUAGACGAAGAUUUGGAAUCCAUAUUGAAUGCACAGAGUGAUGACGGAACCAUUGAUGAUGAACGGACUGCCGAAAUCAGAAAUCGAUUUUUGUGGAACGUUCUGGAAGAGGAGGUCGAAGAUUUGGGAAAUCAAUAG